ACUUCAGUUUUCAGCGAGCUAUCCGUGUGUGUGGUUGUCGCGUGCGCUAAAACUGUAUUGUUCAGACUUUUAAUUCGUAAGUUCUUUGUGAGCACUGAAGACUCUUGGGUUUUAUGUAAAAACUGGAUGAUACGCUUGAUCGGAAGGUGGGAGCGUGUUGUGCGGGUGUUAUGUUGUUUGUGAGAGUGCUUGUGACUUGCGCGACGUUGUCGUACUGAACGAGUCGUCGUGGAUCCUAUGGUCUUCGAGGUACCUCGGAGCAGGGUGUGAGCCCAGAUACGUUCUCUGUGUGUGUAGUUUUAUAUAACCAUAAUUUAAACUGUUACUAGUUAGUGUACAUAUAAAAACUGAGCUGUGAGUGUUAUAGAUAUUUCAUUCUUGCAUUGUGGUGAAUUCGUCCGUGAAGUGAGGAAUCUUACUCUAUUCUAUUGUGUCGCAAAUAAGUGUUCUGUGUCGUUUGUUAAUGGAUUGUUAAUCACUCGGAUUCCAAUCGGCUCGAUGGCAAUUAUAACACAAGAAAGAAGACGGGAGAGAUGAGUGGAAGUAGGAACCUUCAUUCUCAUCAAGGAGGAUAACUGGCAUCACAAGGUGGUGGAUUCAGGACCGGGGGCUGCAUAGUAUGGAUGUCAGUUUUAACAAUGUGCUGGAAGGGACAGUGCGCCAAUACUUCAUGGGAUUACCAAAGCCGGCACAAGAGAGUACCGGUCAACAAAUGUGGCCUUCGGGAGCUUCAACUGAGGAAGGAACCCCUGCGCUUUCGGGGGCUCCAACCCCAAGUUCACGGCCACCUUCCGCUGCCGCUGCACCGCCAUUAACGCCAGCGCCUACGGUAAUUGCUGUGCCCCCACGACCACCCUCGGAGCCACUUGAACCAGAACCACAUAUCAUUCACAAAGCUACAGUUAUGCGUGAAGCAGCAGAAAAACGCCGAGAGCGAAACGAGAUAGAGGAUGAGGAGGAGAACGUCGGGGGAUUGUCACCACCUUCUCAUAUUAUACGGAAGCCUUCAACUCAUACCUUAGCAUCACCAGCACCGGCUUCGGCGGUGCCAAGUCCGUCCCCAGUUCGUCCACCUUCCGCCGUGUCUCACUUGUCCACGCCGGCAGCAGAACAAGCAGAUCCAUCCACUCAAUAUCGAGCGUCUAACCACAGGGUACAAACUCCCAUUGGUAGACCAGCCGAAUUUGCGAAUAGUCGGCCUGCAGACCACCAUUCUAUCUCGCAUCCUUCAGAAACUUACACGCGCUAUCAGUACGAGUCAAGUGUAGUUGAGAGUGGAAGAAAUUCACAUGGGCCACCAAUCGUCGUCCCUCAGGCUACAGCCCCCCGCCAAAGUCCUCAAACAUAUGCAAGGAUAUCAAAUAAAACGCCGCAGCAUGCCGUCAGUCGUUUGACUGAAUCUUCUGCACAUCAUCUACAAGUACAGCGUUAUAAUGUACCAACACAAGUCGCAACUCCUCAUAACGACAGGGUACCACCGAUUCAUCAUCCACAUUUACCAUCUACAAAAAGACUUACUCCGUUGGAAAGUCGGGCGGCGCAAGUAUAUUCAUCCUUACCACAACGACGAGAAUCCGCAUCAUGUGUUCGACCAUCAUCACAAUAUGAAAGGCAAGCGGUUUUGCCGCAACGAAAAUAUGAUCCACAACAAGUGUACCCUGGAUAUCGACCCACGUCUGCAGGGCCACAACAUAUUCCAAAUAAUAGAGUUGAAUCACAUCACCAAGUACAAUAUAAACAUACACCCGUGGACGUGGUCAGCCCACAUUACGCUAUUCGUCCUCAUGAUCGAGUUCAGGGAACAUCACAAAUGCAAAGUCAUGAAAUUGCUAGACUCCCGCCGCGCAUUGAUUAUAUAGGAAAAAAUAGAUCUGUGGAGAGAAGUAACUAUCCUUAUGCUGCAGCAUCGACGUCCUCUGCUUCGUCAGUCAGAUAUGCACAGAAUGGAAAUAUUCCAGCCGUUCAAAAUAACUCGACGGUGCAAUCUAGAUCUUCAUAUCGCAGCGCAGUGGCUCCAAAGACGAAUUAUGAUUUUGCAACAUCUAAUCAUGUACAAAUAUCUCCAUCCCGUUCUACCGCUAAACCUGGUUAUCCUAGUCAACAGGCGCGAAUGACAGUGUCAGUUACAUCUAUAGUAAAUCAAAUGAACCAAACUAAACAGAAACGAGAAUCACCUUUAGAUUUAUCGGUAAAAACUGUAAAAAAUUCGGCGGAUUCUUCGACCACACAAGACGAUGCAAUUGAUUCGAUAUCGUUGAAAAAUGAUAAUCUUGCUUUGCAAAGUAGACCAACAUCAAGUACAAGAAAUGGUUCAAUCGGUUAUAUAGCAUCACAUAAAGUAGAUUUUUCACCUGAUUUUGCUCAAUAUAGGGAAAGAACAUCAAGUCAGGGAUAUAAUUCACUGCCAAAUGUUCCUCCUCAAAUGCGUUACAACGGUGCAAAUGAUUCGCCUCAGCCAGCUUACCCCGUGGAACCUCGCCACCAAGUAUACGCUGAACGUAUUAAAUAUAACGGUUCAAUAAAUAGACCAGAUUAUGUUCCACGCAUAGAUCUAACGAGGCCCAAUAGCGAGGAUCGAUAUAACGAGAGUCGUAUACGUGAUGAUAGACAUUUGAUCAUAGAAGAAAGAAAAAGACCAUCUGGACCUAUUGUUACUAACAUUCCCGAAAAAAUCGUACGAUAUGAGGCUUGGCCUCAGUCUGAUCGUAUGGAGCGAAUGAGCCAAUCAGCUCGCGAACAGCACGAACUUAUGAGUCGACCAGUGUACAGCUAUACUAGUCAUAAAAAAUUUGAAGCAUAUCAAAGUGAUCAUAAAAGAUCAAUAACUUCCAAUGUGUACCGUGAACAUCAUUCUGUUCAUCACUAUCCUAAUGAUUACCAUACGCAUGAGGCUAAUGAUUACCAUACGCAGUAUCACGAAAGGAUGCCAAAUAAUCGUCAUAUUAUUCAGAAGAUUCCCAGCCAAACGCAUAGAGAUUUCCACCCCCACGUAAAUCAUAAUAAUGUACAUCCUCCAGAUAAAAAGAAAGUCUUGAGCAUAUUAAGAAAUAGUUUAGAAACCAAACAAACGGGAGUCUCAGAAACAUGUAAAUCAACAAAAGGCAUUCCUGAUCUCAUUGUUAUUGACGAUGUUGACGAUUCAGUAAUAGAAGUUACUGAUUUGACUAAAGAAGUUGAUGGCGAUAUAGCAACGAACUCAAGUCAUUUAAGUAAUCCAUGCCAGUCAAGUGCUAGUUUAGACUAUCACAUAAAAAUGCCUAAAGCAGUGGAUUCAUUGCCAAGAGAUUCAGACUAUCAACGGUUUGAAAGUCGUGAUGCAAAAACGCAUUCACCGGAGAGUGAUGUCGCUAGAAUAAGGACUAAAGCAGAACUUAAAGUUAUGCCUCCAAGUCACGACAGUGCUUCAAAAAUUGAAAUGAAAGAAGAUUUGUUACUAUCCAAACAUGAAAAAUGUAAGCCUUUGCCCAAAUCACAAAAACAACACCUUUUUAACCAAAUACGGGAAGAUAACUUACGAUUGGAAUCUGUUAUUAAAAAUGAAAAGCCAAGUGACUCAGCUCCAGAAGUGAAAUCUGAGCCUAUGAAUAUUGAUGAAAUUGAAAAAGAUGCUAUGCUACAUAUCAAAUCUGAAACUAAUGAACCAAUUAUAAACUCUGGUUUAUUUCAAGCAAAAGCAAAUAUUCCUGUAGAAGAAGUAGAUAUAGAUUGGGCUAAUGCUUGCGAUAAUUUUAUGGAACAAUUAAAAGUUGGCUGUCACAAGAAAAAGGUAAUAAGGAAACGUAAUAGUACCUUAGAAUCUCAGAGUGAAAAUAAAACAGAUCAUCUAGAAGACGAUGAGUCUAUUGUUUCAUCUCUCUAUCCAUCUGAAACAAGACCCUCCUUCACAGAAUCAACUGUCAUUCAAAUUAAAAAAGAACCAGUGGAUGAAGAGGAACUGAAGCUAGAAAAUGAACAGUCAAAUAAAAAUGACUCUUCAAUAAAAAACAAACAAAAGAGUAAGCCAGAAAAAAGCAAAAAUUUGAAAAAGAACGAUAAAGACAAUGAUAAGCCACUUAAGUCAAGAUCUAAUCAAAAAACUAAAAAUAAAUUUCUGAAUAAUGGCACUUGUUCUACGAAUAGCGUCUUAGUAAAAAAAGAAGCAGAAGAUGAAGUAGUAAUGAAGACCGUAAUUAAAGAGGAGUUAGAGUCUACUGAUGACGAUGAACCUCUUAUUAAGAGCAAAAUAUUCAAACAAAAACAACAGGAACAAAAUGAUAACUUAAAUUAUCAAUUAUUAAAAGACUUGUCUGAAAAAUCUGCAUAUGUCAAACUAGAGUGCUGUGACGAUCAAAUGACAAGUUCACGAAAUUCAAUAGAUACCUCGCCAAAAGAAGAAAAAGUAAGUAAAGCUAAGAAAACACGUCAAACAAAAUACAAAGGGAAAUCUUCCGAAAAUACGAAGAAAAUAAAAGUUUGCGACGAUUUUAGCUCGGAUAGUGACGAUACUUUAAGUGUAGCUAACAGACUAAGAGUCCGAAAAAAUGGUAACACUGAUGAGGGUAAAACAAGCACAGCUACACAAAAAUUAUGUGUUAAAUCUACACCUACCAAAAGGUUCGAUAGUUCUAGUGCCCAUAGUUCACCAAUGCGUAAGCCAGGUUUUGGUGACGGUUCUGAUUUUCAUCCAGGUUGGGAGGAAGAAUUAUAUAGAUAUAAGAGAUCUCUUCGCAUGCCUACGAGACUCAUUGCUAUACCAAGAGGGCGCUCUGGUGGACCGUUUGCUAAAGGAUGUAUGUCACAAUUUCAACGUGGUUCUACGUCUCUCCCUGAUUUAGAUCCCGUUCCUCUUUCUCCAGCCCCAUCAUCGGCGCCCUCCGCCGCGACUGAUGAAUUAUAUAGAAGACCAGAUAAACUUAACUUGGAUAGUGACCUCGAUUCUAAUUCAAGCUGUUCAGCUUUUAAUAAAUUACAUUAUGAUUCAGAAGCCUCAACGUCAACAGUCUUUUCUGCGACGAAAGCUAAUAAAAACAGGAGCUCUAUAGUCGACGUUCUAAUACAAAAAUGUGGUAAAAGAGAAGAAUCUAAAAAAAAGAAUAAGGAUAAAGAUGACAAAACACCGAAAGUUAUGGCAAAAUCUUCCAAUGCUGCAGAACUUUUACCAACUCCAAGCUUAGGACUUUUGAAAAAUGGAAAUAAGGGUAAUUUGAGCGCAAAGAAAGAAAAAUUUAUGGAGGAUAUUUUCUACUUAGGUGCUUUCAGAAAAGAAACUGUCACUAUGUUUAGGACAGCAUUUAUUAAAGAGACUGAUGGGCUUAUCGGUGCUACGGAAGAAUUUGCUCCGGUUGUUUUGAAGUCAAGGACACGAACUGAGAGUAGAGUAUUGAAGCAACGUGCUACUAUUAAAGAAAUUUUUGGUGAUGAUAGACCAGCUUCAGCUCCUCCUUCAUCAUGUAGGGAAGAAUUGGCCCUUGAAAAGGAGGAAGAACAACCAAGUGUCGUAAUAAAAAAAGAACCAGAUACUAAGAACAAUAUGAAACCGAAGAAAGUAAAGGACAAGAUGAAGCGGCGAUCUAGUUCAAUUAGAGAUGGAUUGAGGAGCACAAAGUCUUUGAAAACAAAUGAUGCUAAAGGAAGACUCAUGCGUUUGAAGAAAAGAAACAGUUUAAUGAAAAGUUUUGCUCAUAAACGAAGAAAAGACAUGACUAAUAAAUUGAAAAAAGACAUUAGCUCUACAACCGAUGAAAAAGAUAAUAGCAAAGAAGGAACUACUUCACCGUGUGCAACCGAGAGCAAUACUAAAAGGCGCUUGAAACGUCUCUUUGGCAGGAGAAAAUUUAGUUCUGGUUUUGAUUACAUCAGGAAGAAGAAGAAGAUUAUAAGACGCGAAGAUAAUGCUCCAAAGAUACGUAGAGCUGCACCUAAACCUAGUCCAGAGUCCGUUCAUGACAUUCAAAAAGAAAUAAAAAGUUGGUUUAUUAACAAAAGUAUCGGAGAAACCCAUUUACAUCGAGCCGCGAGACUCGGUUUUACCGACUGUGUAGCGUAUUGCUUAGAGAAAAUGGAUUUGAAUCCGUCAGCGAAAGACAAUGCAGGAUUCACUCCUUUACAUGUGGCUUCAGCUAGAGGCCACGUUAGAAUAGCCAGAUUACUCUUACAAUACGGUGCCAACGUUUCGGCCGCAGCCCAGGGCGGAAUAAGACCGUUACACGAAGCGUGCGAGAACAGCCAUGUUGAAAUUAUAAGAUUGCUACUGGCGUAUGGGGCCGACCCGCUACUCGGAACGUAUGCGGGCCAAACUCCGGAAGAGCUAGCGGAGGGACAGUCAGCCAAACUGUUACAUCUCUAUAUAGCCGAUGUUCAAGGACGGGCUAUCGAGCCAUGGAAGUUUCCGACGCCCGCAGCAAUAAUAGAUCGUGAGGAAUUAGGUUGCGACCCGUUGUCGUCCCCACCGCCGGCGUCUCCUCCCCCACCACCCGACACCACCAUCGAGAUACAAUGCACGGAGGCUCCUCUGCCACCGUUUUACAGCUUACGUACAGCCACAGGACAACCGGCCGACGGGCUCUGGUGUCUGCUGCAGGACAUCACUAACGUUCUCCAGAUCAAAUCAAAGGAUAGUCUACUGAAGCAGAUCCAUUGCGGGUCGGGAUCACCGCGGGAGUUGCUCCGGGAGAUUCGCACGCAGGAGUUCCUAGAGCGCGCUCAGUGUCACCAGCUCCUCUGUGCGGGGGAAAAGGUCAACGUCCGCGCUUCCAAGGUUGCGCUGAUCCGUGUCACCGACAAGCUGCGACAACUGCUCAAGAUAGAGACCGUCCUUGUCAGCUGACAGUAGACAUACUCUCAAAAAUUUCUACACCUUGAUGGAUUUUAAAACAAAAGUAAAAAAAACACUUUUGUAAAUGCUUAAAGUUUAACCGAGCACUGGUGAAAUCUUUGAUUGAUUUUAGCAACUUAUAUAAAAAACAGAACGUCGAAAACUAAUGUUGUUUUUAAAAUAAUCGAUUUGACACAGUUUUUGAUCUCUGACUGACGUCGAAACUACGUAAAAUAAUUUUAAGGUUAUGUAUGUUGUAUAGGAUAACGAAGCGAUCUAAAAUCCACUACGACUGAUUUAUUUUAAACAAAAAAUAAAAUGCAUCUCAUUUAGGAACAAAAUAAUAUAAGUGUAAUUAAGAGAGCCUCGUAAGAAUUCGACGAGUUCGGCUCUGGAGUGUUACGAGUGAGAUAUUGUUGUGGGACAUUACAGGUGUAAAUAAUGUAAAUAGAUUAUUUUUAUUGCAAUUGUAUAAAAAAAAUAAUAAUAUGUCGCUUUUAAUGUAUAAUAAUUUUCAUGGGUGCUAUUUAACAUUGGUGUACGGUGUUAACUUUGUAAGUUAGACGGUUAGUUAAAUAUAUGUCGGCAAUUAUAGAAUAAUUAUAGGAAAUACGAUUUAUAGUUACCAUAAUGUAAUUUAAGGUAAAGCAUAAUCUUGAAAUUAGUGUGCAAUAGUAUACGUUUUCUGACGGCGCACUGUAGUUGUAACAUUUUGUUGUGAACAAAGUGUCCAUAUGUAGGCGAGAAAUGUUUUAUAAUGCGUCCCAGGAUUUAAAAUAUAUUUAGUAUACUCGUUACACUCUUCGUAAAUCUUUCCUACGGUUAGCCUCUGUGAGUUACAUAUAAGGCAUGAUAAAUACAUUUCGAUAAGGUAUAUUUUCAUACGAUCUUGUACAAUGCGCUGAUACGUUAUCUCAAUAAAGUUCUUUGUUCAUCUUUCCUGAGAUUAUGCUAGACUAAGUUACUAGAUAUAUAUCUCAUAGGACUAAAAUUAUUAUUUUUUGUUUAUUGUUAUGUUUGCCAAUAUUUGUCUGCCUGAAAUAUUUUAUUGUACAAUUUAUUCCUUUAUUUUUUUUUUAAAGUUAUGUUGUUAUUUAUACAGUCCCAUACGGUAUUAGAAAAAUUUAUUAAAUUAUAGUUUUUACGCAUAUCUACAAAAAUAUCCUUUUAAAUGUAAUAAAUUGUAAAGAAAUGUUUUUUUUUAACUUAUUUCCAAUUUGCCUGAAUAACGAAAGUGUCAAUGUCAUUGUCAAAUGACGCUAAUCUUCAGACAGUAUUAAAUAAGUAGCUUUGUGAAAUGUGUGGAUAUCAUUUUUUUAUUACAUUAUCAAAAAUUAUUCCGCCCUAAAUCAAUUCUUUACGGAGAUUUGAACGAAGAAGUACAUGAUCGAUCUGUGAUGAAAUAUUAUAAGAAGAAUAAUCUUGUUUGUGGAAGUUCGUCCCAAAUUUAUAGAGGUCGUGAAAAAAGCUAUAUUGCAAACUGUAUGCUUUGAAAAUAAAACUGCAUAAAAUACUGUUUGUUAAGUGUAACCUACAGUGUAAGUAUUAAUUAUCAAUAUUGACACACUAUUUCUUGUUGAUGAUCUUGGAAAUAAAGAAAGUGAUCAAUAAAA